UCUGUUCGCCUAACCUAUAUGAGGAGGCUGAUUGGAUCUCUCCGUUCAUUUAAAUCCCUCUUUAUCCACUUCUGAGGCUUGUUAAACAAUAAUCCCCUCGGAUCGUCCUUCUUUUGAAAGAGAAAGACUGUUAGUGAUGAGCACAGUCAGGUUACUCAGAACUUUAUCCUGGAUGUCGGAUGAGGACAACGUGACUGGGGUCCAGUCCCAGGGCUUGGUCCUGCAGCCUGCCUGGGACUACCUCCACCAGAACCACCACGACCUCCUGAGGAGCCCUCUGUUCCCCGUGAUCCUCUCCGUCACCACCUACUUCCUCCUGGUUGGUAUUUACACUGUGCUCGACCUGAUGGCUCCCACCUGGCCCUGCAUUAACCGCUACAGGCUCCAUCCUGACAGACCCGUCACCUGGCCCAACAUCUGGACCACCCUGGGCGUCACCAUCUACAACCAUCUCCUCUACAUCUUUCCGGCUACAGUUGCCCAGUGGCUGUGGAGGCCACCCACCCCACUGCCCUGCGAGGCACCCACACUCUGUAGCUUCUUCCUGGGCAUCCUGGGCUGCAUGGUGGUCUUUGACUUCCAGUAUUACCUGUGGCACCUGCUGCACCACCGGGUGCCGUGGCUGUAUCGCACGUUCCACGCCGUGCACCACCAGUACAACCAGCCUUUCAGCCUCGUCACCCAGUACCUGUCCGGCUGGGAGUUAUUCAGCGUGGGAUUUUGGGCUACAAUAGACCCCAUCCUGCUCCAGUGCCACUGCCUCACAACAUGGGGCUUCAUGGUAUUCAACGUAUACACUUCCACUGAAGACCACUGUGGCUACGACUUCCCCUGGUCCAUUCAUAACCUGGUGCCCUUUGGCCUCUGGGGUGGCGCACCAAAGCAUGAUGCUCACCACCAGCGGCCCAACACUAACUUCGCCCCAUUCUUCUCUCACUGGGACUGGCUGGGGGGCACCCACUCUGUGCCAGCUCCCUCGGGCCACGCUGCUGCGGGAGAGCCAGACGAGGUGCAGGGGAAAAAAGACUAAAGAGCUGGAAUGAAUCUCUCAUUGACUCUGUCGCUCUCUUACUCAAUCUGCCUCUUUUGUACCUGCUCUCACUCCAACACUUGUUUUUUCAGACCAGUUUCUCUCUUUCCUGUCUGUCUGUCUGCCUUUCCUGUCUUUUUGAUACUAUUAUAUUGAUUCACCCUAUUUUGAUGUCUGCUCUCUAACAGAACAUGGAUAUUAGGAGCUGAUAAUCAGUCUAACAUUUGACUAUCUGGUAAGUUGUUGAGAAGAGCUAUCUUUAAUGUCUGUUUGUACAAUGAUAGUAUAGAUUAUCCUGUACUGUUGUGCAUUUAUCUCUUAUUCAUAGAGAUUUCCCAUUAAUGUGUUGGUGUAAUGUCUCUGUGGCAUUCUCAGGUCAGCUUCCACACGUUUCUGAGCUUUUAUUGAGCAUUUGCAGAUGGUAGGUGGUGUGAUCUGUCGGAGGGAUUACACACACGUUAGCACGUACAUUGUCCCUCUCUCCCUCCUCAGCACUGACCCUCUCACUCACACGCAUGAAUAGCAGGCUUUUAGCUGCACCCCAGUAUGAUGCGUGGGCGCAAUACUAAUCUAUCGUCCUCUCUUUGAGACCAAAUGCUUUCACUGGAAGGUUCUUAUUAAAACUCCCCCCCCAAA